CUGGUAAACAGAAGUACUUUCGUCAUUCGUGGUGGUGAAUUUUAAUAAGUUAAACAAUAAUAAUAUGAUGUAUUAAUUCAAUAGUGUUAAGAAUUUGUAUUAUUAUUUACUUUAACGUCAUUGUACAUACUGCAUCAAUUGCAUCCAAUUUAUUCCUUAUUCUCAGUGUAAAACCAUUCGACAAAUUAGAUCAUUACAAUGUUUAUUGCCUUCUGUAACUCCACGUAAUUCAUCAUACAGAAUGUGGUCAUUUUUUUCACGAGAUCCCACUAAGGAUUUUCCUUUUGAAGUAGGUGAUCCGGUCUCUGGCAUUGAAGACAAAAGUGUUUGGACAUUACACAAAGGAAAGAAGAGAGGAACGCAAGAUGAGGUGUCUAUAUUUUUAUUUGAUGUGCAAAAGCAUUCAGAGACUUUAUUCGAUAUAGCUAAGGCUUCGUUAAAGAAAUUAAAAACUAUAAGGCAUCCAAGCCUUUUACAUUAUUUAGAAAGCUGUGAAACUGAAAAAUUUUUGUAUGUUGCGACAGAGUAUGUUGACCCUCUAGCUACUCAUUUGAUGGAUAUGAAGAUAGAUGGGCAGCAGAGAGACUUAUUUUUGGCAUGGGGAUUAUUUCAAAUAACUAGGGCAUUGUCAUUCUUCAACAAUGAUGGCAAUAUGAAACACAAUAAUGUUUGUUUAUACUCUGUUUUUGUAACCACAGCUGGGGAAUGGAAACUGGGGGGUUUUGAGUUUAUAACAAGCCAUGCUCAGGAAGGUUCUAGUCCGAUUCCAAUUAAAAUAUUGCCAGCUCUGGAGAUUUAUGACCCCCCAGAAAAAAAAGAUCCAUCUAAAUUAAAGGCAGUAACUAAGUGCUCUUCAGACAUGUGGGGUUUAGGUUGUUUAAUUUGGGAGACAUAUAACGGUCCACUAAAGAACCAGCCAGCCCUCAAAACAAUUGAUGCCAUACCUAAGCAGCUUUGUACAUUAUAUUGUGAGCUAGUUAGUGCUAACCCGGCAUCUAGGCCAAACCCUGCAGAUAUUAUUACCCGGUGUCGUAAACUCGGAGGAUUUUUCAAGAAUGAUUUAAUAGACACAAUGUUAUUCUUGGAAGAAAUGCAAAUCAAAGAGAAAUCGGAGAAAGGAAAAUUCUUCUCAACUCUUAGCAGUCACCUGGACAGCUUCCCGGAGGCCGUGUGUAUUAAUAAAAUACUACCACAGUUGAUGACUGCUUUUCACUACGGAGAUGCUGGUUCUGCUGUGCUAGCUCCUUUGUUUAAGUUAGGUAAAUUGCUAGAUGAAGAGGAGUACCAGAAACAGAUAGUACCGUGUGUGGUGAAGCUGUUCGGGUCCAACGAUAGGACGACGCGGUCCCGACUGCUGCAGCAGCUGGAUCAAUUCAUCUUACAUCUUCAGAGCGCUACUGUGAACGACCAAAUAUUUCCGAAAGUAGUACAGGGCUUCUUAGAUACCAACCCUGUGAUCCGGGAACAAACAGUCAAGUCAAUUAUACAUCUGGCGCCAAAACUGAAUUAUAACAAUAUAAAUGUGGAAGUGCUGAAGCAUUUUGCAAGACUGCAGUCGAAAGACGACCAAGGAUGCAUCAGGACCAACACGACGGUAUGCCUGGGUAAGAUCGCGGCGCACCUUCACCCGCAGAUCCGGCAGAAGGUGUUGGUAUCUGCUUUCGUGCGUGCCACGCGGGACGCGUUCCCGCCGGCGCGGCAAGCGGGCGUGCUGGCGCUAGCGGCCACGCAGCAGUAUUUCCUCCUGGCUGAGGUGGCCGGCCGGGUCCUGCCCGCUCUGUGCCCGCUGACCGUCGACCCCGAAAAACAGGUUCGAGAUGCAGCAUUCAGGACUAUAAAGGGUUUUCUCGGCAAGUUAGAGAAAGUAUCUGAAGACCCCAGCCUGAAAGAAGGAAUGGAGGCGGACGUGCACACGGCCACGCCCUCGCUGAGCAACGCGGCCGCCACGUGGGCGGGCUGGGCCGUGACGGCCGUCACCGCCAAGUUCUACCGCUCGCACUCGGACACGGCGCGCGCGCAGCUGCCCGCCCGCUCCGCGCUGUCCAAGCCGGGCUCGCUGGAACAACCGUCGUCGAGCAGCAUGUCGACGACGACGUCGUCGGUGACAUCGAUGACGUCACUGGAGCACAGCGAGUCAGCCUCGGACUACGAUCCCGAGCACUGGGACAUGUCGGCCUGGGGCGAGAUCGACUCUAGUGCGGGAACGACGGGAGACAGCGGCAGGUCGGGAGGUGGUACUCUGGGGGCGUUGUGCGAGGAUGACUGGGACAACGAGGAGUGGGGCGAGCUGCAGGAACAGCCGACUGCAGUGGCCGAGCUGGUGUCUCCGUCCGAGACGUGGAACAGUGCGGCCUGGACGGAGGCGGCGCGAGCCACGGUCGUGCGGCCGCGGGCUGCUCCCCCGCACGGUCCCCCGCACGGUCCGCACGCCGUGCACCCUCAUGCCGCGCACCAGAACAGCGGCGACUCUCUGGGCGGCUGGGACGACGGCGAGUUCGAGCCCAUCGAGGAGAACGCGGACGAAAAUAAUGCGUCGAAAAUGGACGAGAUUCGGCGAAAACGAGAAGAGCGAAAGUUGCAACGACAAAGAGAGAUGGAAGCAAGGAGGACCGCUCGAGGGCAGGGACCAAUGAAGCUGGGCACUAAGGUGACGCCGCCACAGUUCUGAUGUGGUCCGUCAGUUGUGACGGACGCCACAGAGAACAUACAGGAACAGAUCAGUGAGCAGGUCUUGAAUUACUGGUGACGAUGAAGACUUGUCUGGAAGGCGUUUGAUAAUUAGUUUAACCAUUCCACGUGAGCGAAGCUUCAUGAAUUUUUUACAUGCUUGUCUUGAAUGAAAUACUUUAGAACAGAAUUCAACGCGUGCGGGCUGUAAUGCUGACGUGGUGUACGCACUACGCAUAUGACUUAAAUAACACUUAUAUAUAUUAAAAAAAUAUUACUUUAAUAUCAUGUAAAUCAAUAUUUUCGAUUCAUUAUUUUGACCAAUAAGUUAAUUUUUAAAAGUUUAUAUUAUUUCUGAAGAAUUCAAAUAUUUUAGCAGCUUGGUCAGAGAUUAUCGAAGUAAAACAAUGGCAACACAGUUUAUUUUCCGGGAAUCCUCUUCGCUUUAUGGUUUGUUGUGAUAUACUGUGACGUCAUUGGUUGUUGGCGUCGUCUUCUAUCAAAUAAAAAGCAGGCGUGAUCUAUAUUAUGCAUAUUCCUUAUUUGUUAAACGAAAUAAUAUAAAACGAAUUUAUUUAAUUUUAUUCAUAUAUAAUUAUUUUAUAAUACAUAUAUAAAGUCUAAUCAGCAUACGCGGGAAAUACAUACAACAUACGAAAAAACGUGAGUGUCACAUAUGGCACGUGGACGUGUGUCGCAUGAUGUUCAGUGAUGCCAGUUACUCCAGAAUUUUAACACAACAUAUUUUAUUUGUUAGAAAUUCUAAACUCCCAAUUUGUAUGGCAGGUGUAUUAAACUUCGCGUCUUUAGAGCCCAACGUACACUUUAUACUUAAAAUGAUAAAGACUAAUAAAUGUAAUUGGGUAUUUUAAUUAGAAUUUGAUAAUAGAAAUUAAAGUAAGCCGCCCGUCUUUGUACAAUUGAUACUUCUUGAUGGAAUGUGCUGAUUUUGAAAUAGGAGAUAUGAAUGAGUGAAUGAAUAAAAAUCUAAAUCUUUUUACCUUCAUUUAUUAUUAAAACUUAGUCAACAUACUCCAAAUUGCGUCAUUAAAAUUCUGCCAAUAAAUGUUAAGAGAUAUUAAUUAAAUAUUUGUAGGUUAUCAUCGUUUCAUAAUAUAGGUCCCUAAGUACAAAUGGCAACAGCGCGAGUCUAUAAAGUAUCCGCGCCGACAUCUGAACUCAGCCUAAUUCCAAGUUAUUUGAAUGAAACAUUUGUAAUCAAAUCAAUCGCAUCUCGGUAAAUUGUAUUAUUUUUUUUAAUAAAAUUGUAACUAACCUUGUGAUGCGUGUAUUCACACGUGGUGUAAAUAAAAUAUUUUUAAAA